GAGCGUGGGUAGUCUCCAGGCUUCCCGGCUGCAGGCGCUUAGCGGCGCCGGGGUUUGCGGCCUGCGAUCGGCCGGCUUCAGCCGCGCACUCUCUGAAACAUUUAGGCGCAGCUAGCUGAGCCUCUCCGUGCCCUGGGCUGUGUGGCCAUGGAGAACCAGGUGCUGACGCCGCACGUGUAUUGGGCUCAACGACAUCGUGAGCUGUAUCUGCGCGUGGAGCUGAGUGAUGUGCAGAAUCCUGCUAUCAGCAUCACUGAGAAUGUGCUGCAUUUCAAAGCUCAGGGACAUGGUGCCAAAGGAGACAAUGUCUAUGAAUUUCAUCUGGAGUUCUUAGACCCUGUGAAGCCAGAGCCUGUCUACAAAUUGACUCAGAGGCAAGUAAACAUAACUGUACAGAAGAAGGUGAGUCAGUGGUGGGAGAGACUCACCAAGCAGGAGAAGCGCCCACUGUUUUUGGCCCCUGACUUUGAUCGCUGGCUGGACGAGUCUGAUGCAGAAAUGGAGCUCAGAGCCAAGGAAGAAGAACGCCUAAAUAAACUCAGAAUGGAAAACGAAGGCUCCCCUGAAACUCUUGCAAGCAUGAAGAAAGGAUACCUGUUCAUGUAUAAUCUUGUACAAUUCUUGGGAUUCUCCUGGGUCUUUGUCAACCUGACCGUGCGGUUCUUUAUCUUGGGAAAAGAGUCCUUCUAUGACACAUUUCACACCGUGGCUGAUAUGAUGUAUUUCUGCCAGAUGCUGGCAGCGGUGGAAACUAUCAAUGCAGCACUUGGAGUCACUAAGUCACCAGUGAUGCCUUCUCUUCUACAGCUUCUUGGAAGAAAUUUCAUUUUGUUUAUCAUCUUUGGCACCAUGGAAGAAAUGCAAAACAGAGCUGUAGUUUUCUUUGUGUUUUACCUGUGGAGCACAAUUGAAAUUUUCAGGUACCCUUUCUACAUGCUUACUUGCAUUGACAUGGAUUGGAAGGUACUCACGUGGCUCCGCUACUCUGUGUGGAUUCCCCUGUAUCCUCUGGGAUGUUUGGCAGAAGCUGUCUCAGUGAUCCAGUCCAUUCCAAUAUUCAAUGAAACAGGAAGAUUCAGUUUCACAUUGCCAUAUCCUGUCAAAAUUAAAGUUAGAUUUUCCUUUUUUCUUCAGAUUUAUCUUAUCAUAUUAUUUUUAGGGUUAUACAUAAAUUUCCGUCACCUUUAUAAACAGCGCAGGCGGCGCUAUGGACAAAAAAAGAAAAAGAUCCAUUAAGAAGAGAUUUGGGUGGCUUCUACCAGUUAGAGGCUUGUCUGAGAUUCUUACAGUUUUACUUUCUUGUACUGAUGUAAAAGUUUUUUUUAAAGUUAAAUAAUUAAAUUCUCUGUGAGGCUCUC